AUGCAGCGCAGCGAAUGCAUCUCUCUUGCUCAUGUGUAAUAACUAUUGUAAUAAUGCCCCUGAACGCACCAUCAUAGCGGCAGUCAUUCAGAGCUUCUCUCCUGCAGAACAACAGCUACCUCCUGUCCUCAGAUGCUGCACAUCUAAGGGACACAAAGCCCCUGGAUAGAAUGAAGCUUUCUAACAAAGAUCCAUAAAAUCUACAUGGGAGGGGGGCAGUGUACAAACAGAUGCUUUUUACAUCCUAUAGGCUAGUUAUUCACAUCAUAGCAUCAUUACUGGCUGCACUAUGCUGAUAAGAUAAGAUGGACAUUUAUUAAUCCCCAUGGGGAAAUUCAGAUGUUUAAACAGUAGUUUAAGCUUUCUAACAAAGAGCCAUCAAUGGGAGGGGCACAGUGUACACACAGAUGCUUUUUGUAUCCUAUAGGCUAGUUAUUUCACAGAAUUAACUUCAUAGCAUCAUUACUGGAGCUGUAAUGUGGGAAAGAGCAUGCUGAUAAUUAGAGGCUCUCAUUCACAGGGUCUUUUCUCCCCAUGUGACCCUAGUUUUUGACCCCUAAACUUGCACCAUGACUUCUUCGGAUAACGAUGAGACCGGCAGCGAUCUGUCCGAGUCUCUGGAGAUCCGAGAGCUUCAGGAUCAGUAUUUGGAGCCGGAAACUAGCUUCAAAAAGUCCUGGAGCCUUCCCAUCCUGAACGACACCUGUGUGGCCCUGGAGGAAAGUGCAGAUUUCCAUUUAAGGACCCCGGAGACCCCCUCUUCCAGGACGGAUUUCUCCCCGUCUGCCUCCAGCAUGUUGGGGUUAAGUAGCUCUGCACCGGGUAAAAAAAAGAACCUGGGAUUCUCCCUCAGUCGCCUUAUCUGCACCCCGGUUAGAAAAUAUGUUCGGGUCAUUCUGAGAGAUUCACGCUGCUUCCUGUUCUGCAUGUGCUACCUGACCUUCAUCCAAUCACUGAUGGUGUCCGGAUACCUGAGCAGCGUCAUCACCACCAUCGAGAAAAGGUACAACCUCAGGAGCUCUGAAUCUGGUCUCCUCGUCAGCUGCUUCGACAUCGGCAGCCUCCUGGUGGUGGUCUUCAUCUCUUAUUUCGGGGGUCGAGGUCAGAGACCCCGCUGGCUCGCUGUGGGAGGCGUUAUCAUCGCGGUGGGGGCGGCGUUAUUCUCCCUGCCGCACUUCAUCUCUCCGCCCUAUCAGAUCCAGGAGAUGAACUCUUCCAUGGGGAGGGGAGGCCUGUGUCAGAGUGGGAUUAACGGCACCGGGAGAGAAAUGGACACGGGGUCGUGCCCCAGAGAUCAAGAGGGAAACGAGCACAAUCUGUACGUCACUCUGUUCAUCGUGGCUCAGAUCCUGGUGGGCAUGGGGUCAACGCCCAUCUACACCCUGGGACCCACGUACCUGGACGACAACGUGAAGAAGGAGAACGCUUCUCUCUACCUGGCCAUCAUGUAUGUAAUGGGCGCUCUGGGCCCUGCAGCUGGAUACCUUUUGGGAGGCAUCCUCAUCGGAUUCUACGUCGAUCCAAAAACUAACGUGAACAUCGACCAGAGCGACCCGCGCUUCAUCGGAAACUGGUGGAGUGGAUUCCUCCUCUGCUCCGUCGCCAUGCUCCUCGUCAUCUUCCCAAUGUUCGCUUUCCCCAAAAAGCUGCCGCCGCGCCACAAGAAGAGGAAGAAGAAAAAGAUGAACUCUCCCGGGGACGAUUCCAGCGACGACGAGGUGACGAAGGAGAAGGAGCAGAACGGCAACUCCUCCAUGGGCUUUGGGAAAGACAUUAAAGAACUCCCUAAAGCCGCCCUGAGGAUCCUCAGCAACACCACCUUCCUCUUCAUCAGCCUCUCCUACACGGCAGAGUGCGCCAUCGUCACCGCCUUCAUCACCUUCAUCCCAAAGUUCAUCGAGUCGCAGUUCGGGAUCCCCGCCUCCAAAGCCAGCAUCUACACCGGUUUGAUCAUCGUUCCCAGUGCAGGUGUAGGCAUCGUUUUGGGAGGAUACAUCAUAAAGAAGCUGAAGCUGGGAGCGCGAGAGUCUGCCAAGCUGGCGAUGAUCUGCAGCGGCGUGUCGUUGCUCUGCUUCUCCACGCUGUUCAUCGUGGGCUGUGAGAGCAUCAACCUGGGAGGCAUCAACAUCCCCUACACCACCGGCCCCACCCUGACGAUGACCCACAGGAACCUGACAGGAAGUUGUAACGUGAACUGUGGCUGCAGGAUCCAUGAGUACGCUCCGGUGUGCGGCUCCGACGGCAUCACCUACUUCAACCCCUGUCUGGCCGGGUGCAGCAGCGUGGGCAACGACAGCACCGGGGUGAGGAACUACUCAGACUGCGGCUGUGUUCAGAGCCGACAGGUCAUCACUCCGUCCUCCGGAGGACAGGUCAACCAGCUGCAGCUCGUCAUCGUGAAGACGUACCUGAACCAGAACGGAUACGCUCUGUCGGGGAAGUGUGACAGAACCUGCAACACCCUCAUCCCCUUCCUCAUCUUCCUCUUCAUCGUCACCCUCAUCACCGCCUGCGCCCAGCCCUCCGCCAUCAUCGUCACUCUCAGGUCUGUGGAGGAACAGGAGAGGCCUUUUGCUCUCGGGAUGCAGUUUGUCUUACUCAGAACUCUUGCCUACAUCCCCACCCCCAUCUACUUCGGCGCAGUGAUCGACACCACGUGCAUGCUGUGGCAGCAGGACUGCGGCGUGCACGGCUCCUGCUGGGAAUACGACGUCACCUCCUUUCGUUUCGUCUACUUCGGCCUCGCCGCCAGCCUCAAAUUCGUCGGUUUCAUCUUCAUCUUCCUCACCUGGUACUCCCUCAAGCACAAGGAGGAUCGCCAAGCGGAGCGCCUGCCUCCUCUGGGCACCGUCAGCGAGUUAAUUUGUCACGUUGGGGGUCAAAAAAGUCACGCUCGUACGCGUUCGUGUCCGAUUUUUAUUCCCGCCGUCGCUCCGAUUCUUCACCGCGGACACAGCACUCUGAGCUGCCCAGGAAACGCCCUCAAAGCCAUAACGUGAGGUACAAAGCUAGCUAAAGUAAAUCAGUGUUUGGGGAAGACUUCUCUGGUGCCUGGCGUUGAGUUUAUGUGCAUUGAGACGUCCUGUAGUACGAUUUGAGAACAGAACUAGGUACAAAAAGCUUUUCAAUAUGCUGCCCCCUUAUGCUUGGAAUACAGUCGGAGCUGAAACUCUCAGAUUUGAUCACUUCGGAGGAAUUCAAGUCCAUCUUAAAGGACAGAGAACAAGAAUCCAUUGGUCGAUGUAAUUGCUCUUAUAUCCCAUAAUUGAAGACAUUUAAAAAUGGUGGCAGUUUUUUUACGUUUUCUUUUAUGUUGCAUAUUGACUGUGCCAUUUCAGUUGUGUUUUACUAGUCUCUUACUCGUCUUAUUAUUGCAGCUUUGUUCAUGCUGGCCAGGUCGCUCUUGAAAAAUAGAUUUUGAUCUCAAUGACACUUUUACCUGGUUAAAUUAAGGAUAUAUAUAUAUACACACAACCCACAUCUGAAGCCACGCCUUAUUCCUCGUGACACGUGCCUUCUUCUUCCUGUUUGUGUUUCUGCUCCACAGCCACACUUUCAAAGGGCUGAUGCAAAGACAUCACAUGGUGCUACUGGAAGAGGCAUUAUUAAAGGCAUUAAAAACCUGUUUCAGACGAAGAGCCGCCAUCACAACGGCCUCUAAAGCACAACUCUCUCACUGUACUAUGCAAGACCCCCGUACAGACCCUCCUUCUCCAUCUUUUCUUUUUGUUUCUGAUUUCAUAUACUGUAAAGCGUCUUUGAGCACCAGGAAAAAGCGCUCUAAAAAGUAUGUAUUACCUUCUUCUCCUCCCGCUUUGAACACAUCAGCUUCCUCUGAUCGUCUCAGCUGUUUUUUGGGUCUUAAGAACUGACUAAAGUGUUUUAAAUCUACUCUUUUCUGUAACAGUGCCUCUCAGGCUUUUCGGCCAGUGUACACACAGCUAGCUCGAUGCUAAUGCUAGCUGAAGAAAGCCAGUCUGCUCUGCCUUGGUGACGUCACCAUGUAGCUUAAAGCCGACACUUAGCCUUUAGCGACUUCUAUUCAAUCUAGAUUUCAUUACACACUACUUUGUUACAGAGUGAAGUAAAGACAGGUCUCUCCUCUCUGACCAUGUGCUGAAGUUACUGUAAGUCAAAAAGAUGUGGAAAAGGUUUCUAAAAAUCGACUUUUAAACAACGAUUGGUGUCUAUAAUGUACGACAGAAGGAUGCAUCACUUUGGCUUCUCCAUACUGAAGGUCACCAGAUGUAAAUAGUAUUAUUCUCCUAGUGUAGGCUUUUUAAGAAAGUAGUGCAGCGAGCAUUUAAAGCUUCUUUCAGCAGGAGUCUGAUUAACUCUCUGGCGCCCCCUGGUGGCUGCAGAUGAUUGUGUGAAGGCCAGUGAAUGUUGUGUCAGACCGACUUAAAUCUUGGUUAAAAUGUCCAUUAAUAAUCCAGUUUCCCAAAGAUUUACUUUCUGCUGAAUGAAUUAAAUUAAAGGUCUGAAAAAUGUAGUUUUAUUAGAAUCGUAUAAUUUUCUUUGACUAUAUUUUCUUGAAUGUCUUAAAUUAACCUCCCUGUGAAAAGUGAGAAAAGCCUUUUUCAUGUUAGCAAAAAAUACACUUUGUUGGAGUACAAGUACGUGCUUUUACCUAAAAGGGGAAUUAGGAAAAGUCUGGAACAAGUUAUUGUGUUUUAUAUCCUGAGUAGUUCAACCUGAGUGGAAGAACCGCAGAGUCUGCUGCAGUCAAGAUGUGGUUUUCUGACUGGUUUAGUAUUAUCGUGACUUAGUACCUCAAAUUAAAUAUUCAUAAUAAGGGAUCAUCGACAUGUAAAUAUCUACAGAGCUAAUGGCGCGUAUUAUCAAGUUAGUUAGAAGCAUAUUUAUGAACUAACAUUACAUUGUAAUUCAAAAAGAUGUCAACAAAUGAUCUGUCUUUCGGGGUCUGAACAGUAUUUUUUUGGGGGGGGGGGAUUACUCAUUUAAAUGAAGUUAUAUUACCCAGAAUGCCCUUCUCUCCCUCUGUAGUGAUUCUCCACCCUUCCUCCGGUGCAGGAUUAUUUGAACAAUAACCUAUAUUUAUUCUAUUAACUCAUUACAGCUGCUAAUUGACUUCUGUUCUGAUAAAAUACCAAAUAAACAAGUUGGAGUAAAAAUGGAUUUUAGAUAAAAAGCCCUGAGAGGCAAGUGAGACGUGAAGAUUUAAAAACAGGUGAUUUGACAGGAUAUUUUUUUUAAGUCAUUUUUAUUUCUACUAACACAAGGUAUAUUUAUUGUGUGUCAAACUUAUGUAACUUGUCUUUCUUAUGGCUAUAAAAGCAGCUUUUAAGUCAAAUUCAGAACACAGGGUUCACAAAAAUAACAUAUCUUGGCAAACCGUUUAAUUCACCUGUUCGUAAAUCACAAAUUAAAUCCGUUUGUUCCACACUUGCCUCUCAGGUCUUUGCAAAUCCAUUUGUAUUUACUGAACGUUGGUAAGCUUGCAUUAAGUGAUGCUAAAACCGUUAUAUAUAUAUAUAUAUAUAUAUAUAUAUAAAGGGAGGGAGGGAGGAGGAUCCUGCAGCUGCUUUCUGUUCAUUCAGACGACUGGAUUUUGCUUUAAGGAGCUUUUCCUCGUGCUCUGAAAGAGGAGCUCUGAUUCAUGUUUGUGAACACUUGGUUUACAAAAGCCUUGAAACUUGAUAUUUGUCAUUAAAAAACGGAAAGAAAACGACUCGUCUGACUCAAUUCUUACACUUAUUAUUACUUCUACUACUUCUACCUCACGUGGACACGGGGCGGAGGAGGUUGAAACGUUUAUUUCUGAACAGCUUCUGUCCUGAAAGUUACAGAGAAGCACAGCAGCAGCUUUUUACACAUUUCUAACGGUCGAGAUGAAGGACAGACAGGAAGUGAAUAAAGCCGUCGUCUUUAACCACAUUUCACUUUAAGGACUGUAGGUACAAUCUUUUCGUUUUUACAGAAAACACCACGUGAGGAAAAUGUGACAUUUACAACAGAAAGUGACAGAAUGAACAUUAACACCCGGUGAGGAUUAUUUUACUUUACGUGCAAAUCCCAGCGUUCAAAUCAUGUAUUACCUGUCCUGUGAAUGUCCACAGUUACUGAAACAAAAGCACAUUUUAAAUACAUGUCUAUAAUUAUUUGUGAAACAGAGAUAUGACUUUCCCCACAUGUUUUAAUCUAGUUGUAUCUAACCCUAACCCUAUAGAAAUAAUCUAUACAAAUAGGAGCUGCAUCUCUCAUUUUUAUUAUCAAUUCAUCUUAAAAAUAUCUUGAUUAAAUGAUUAAUGUAUUUAGGAUUGGGUCUGUAAAAUGUCAGAGGAUAUUGAUAAAAAUAUUCACUUUAAGACGAUUUAAAGCAGCAUUUCGGCAUGAAAAAAUCCUUAAAUGACGAAUAAAAUAGAUGGGAAUUAUUCUAUUGUCUUAUUAGAGUUUUAAAAAAGUGCAAAUGGGGUCAGAUUGAUUAUUUCUCUCUGCAGGGGUGUGAGGACUUAUGACCUGAAGCUGCUGCUAACUUUCCUUUUAAAAAGCUGAGAUGGUUUGACCACUCAAACUCGUUGUUUUUUAUCAAAACAUAUAUUAAAGCGGUGUUAUCCAUACGGAACAAAUCACUUCUUAACACUCGGCUGCAUUAAGGCUUUUUCUUUCCUAAAUAUAUAUUUGAAAAAAAAAAGAAUAACACUGUUUUUCCUAAUAGGCACCUGUAGAAAAAUAAAUUGCAAUACUCAUUAUACAACUCUGA